GAGUCGUCGCCAAAUCUUCGUUUUCUCCUUCGCAUCAUCUAUGGCACCGAAACGCCCAGAUCCCAAAGACGAGCCGCCGGCUGCUUCCUCAUCGGAGGAGGAAGAGACCACCUCUGGGGCAGAAGAAGAAGAGGAGACAUCAGAGGAAGAGGAAGAAACUCAACCCACCCUGACACAAAAAUCCCCUCCCGUCAAAAGGCCGGAAAUUGCUUCCCCUCGCUCCGCCUCCACAACAGUCACCAAUGCCGGGAACCAGUCAUCGGAAUCUGAUGAGUCCGAGUCCGAUGAGUCUGGGUCCGAAACUGAUUCUGAUUCCGUGAUCCCCCCAAGUGUCAAGCCUAUUGCAACAAAGCCCAUGGAGGAGAGCACUAAGAGCAAGCAACCUGCUGUGAAACCCGCUGCUUCUGCUGCCAAAUCAUCGGCAAAGCGUCCCGCUGAACCAAAACAACCAGCUCAGAAAGAGACAAAGCGGGCCAAGAAGGACUCUGAGAAUGGCGAAGAGGAGGAGAAGACAGGUGACGAUGUAAAGAAGCAACUUUUCCAGCGCAUUUGGAGCGAGAAGGAUGAAAUUGCCAUCCUGAAAGGUAUGAUUGAAUACUCUGCUAAAAAGGGUGCAGACCCUCUUUCUGAUAUGAGUGCAUUUCAUGAGUUCAUCAAAGACUCGCUUCAACUUGAUUGCGCAAAAGGGAAGUUAUCAGAUAAAAUCAGAAGGCUGAAGAAGAAAUACAUGGGCUAUGUAAAGAGGGGGAAAGAGGAUGGAUUUACUAAGCCACAUGAACAGGAAUCCUUUAAGUUGUCAAAGAAGAUAUGGGGUGAUGAAGGGAAGAAAAUGGGUGAUGAAGUGAAGAAAAUAGUGAAAGCUGAAACUCCAGUGAAAUCCAAGUCCAAUGUUAAACCGAAGAAAAAUCAGAGUUUGGCUGCACCUAAAGUGGAAGUAGUUUCAUCUCCGGUUGCAAGUAAGGAUAAGGAAAGCAAGAUUGAUGAUAUUUUACCAGAUAAGAGGCUUGGAGUGGGUAGCAUAGAAGAGGAAGUGUUAUCUCAUGGGUUGGAUGUGAUUGAGGGUGAGAAGAAAGCGGCUUUGAAGGAGAGGUGGAGGAAGUUGCGUAUAGCGGAACUGGAACUCUUUUUGCAGAGAAGCCAGUUGGUUGCUGAUCAAGCUAAGUUGAUGUUGGAGCAUUACAAGUCUGCCAACAAGUAGAGUUGUUUCUUGGGGAAUUAGAAGGUUAUGCGGUGUAUGUGUUGUUUGUUUCUUAGAGAAUUGAUUUUGGAAUUCUGGAUAUGCUAGCAUAGAAGUUACUGGGACUCUGUAUUUUGAAUCUGAACUUAUCAAUUUUGUGUAUGGAACACAAUCUUUAUCUUGGUUAUUGUGUUGUAGUGCUCUGUCAUGUAUCAUCUGCUUUUGUUGAAGUACCAUAUUUCAGUUUU